AUGGGUUUGACCCUUGAUGCGGAAUUUGCUUCGGCUAUUGCCCCGAUCCGGGCGAGUUUCGCCAACCUUCCAAAAGCAGCAAUCCAUGAUGUUCAGGCUCGGAGGCACAACUUGGCCGUUCUCGCCGACAACGGCUUGCCUCCUCCUAUCCCCGCAGGCGUCAAGCAAGACAUGCUGUCCGUCACGGCUAAAGAUGGCUACAAUAUCCCCCUCUGGCAAAUUGCUCGCAAGUUCGAUACCAGUCCAGUAGAAAAGAACCCCAAGCCGGCAGUUCUAUAUAUGCACGGCGGUGGUUUCAUCGCUCUCGACGUUGAAUCGUCUGCAAGGGAGCUAUAUGCGCUCGUCCUUGCAUCCGGUGUCACCAUCUACGCUGUUGACUACCGGCUCGCCCCCGAACAUCAAUACCCGACUCCUCUGGAGGACUGCUGGGCCUGUCUGCAGUACAUUCACGACAACGCCGCAGCGCUAUGCGUAGAUUUAGCCUGCAUUGCCGUUAUGGGCGACAGCGCAGGUGGGAAUCUCGCCGCCGGUGUCACUCUGCUGGCGCGCGACCGCGGGCUCAUGCCGCCAAUUGCGCGUCAGAUUCUAGUUUACCCCAUGCUUGACGAUAGGAACAAAGAGACCAUGAACCCCGGGGCGCUGUUGCUGUGGAAUGAAGAAGACAAUCUGACGGGAUGGACGGCAUAUCUAGGCGCCCACGUUGGCGGGGACAAGGUGCCUAUCUACGCCGCACCGGGACGACUGACAGAUGCCACCGGCCUGCCACCGCUAUAUCUGUAUGUUGGACAGCUUGAUCUGUUUGCCAAGGAGAAUGUGCACUAUGUGUCGCUUUUUAUUGAGGCGGGCAUUGAUGCCGAGCUGCAUCUGAUCCCUGGCCUACCGCAUGGCUUCAAUGGACUGGCGAAAGAUCACGCGGCCACGAAGGACCUAUUUGACCAUAGAGUCAAAUACCUAAAAAGCUUGGCCCACAACUAA